GUCUUUUAGAUAAUUACACAAAGAGAGGUUAAAGCAUAUAUGAAGCUGGCUAUAAAUACAGUAAUAACAUCUUAUGAAUGAUGCCUGUUAUAAAAUUAGUAAAUUCACGUCACUUAAUCAAUACACCAUGUAACCAUGUUGUUAGGGAGUUGAGAUAAAACCUUUCUAGAUAGUCAUGUAACUAUGACAGCAGAAUGAAACAAAGAAAAGCACUGAAACAGCUCACAAUCAAUAACAGCCAUAAUGUAGAAUCAUCACUGACUCUUCUGUGUUGUCUAUGGAAGACAAAACAGCAGAGAUUGUAACAAGCAACAGAAUCUUUGAUAAAAUCAAGGGUGAACACCCUGUACCUUCUUUAUCCACAAACAAGUGUUUACCAGUGUUUCAUCACAGAUGUUUUAGUCAGAGUCAUCUCUUAAAAGAAAGCAACUAUACAUCUUACAAUGCAGAAAAGUGAUAUUUAACUGUCUUAAAUUGCAAUGCAAGAUGUAACCAGGAGUAUGUGUUCUAUCACCAGCUGUGAAAAACAGGUGGGGCAAUUUUCUUUAUGUCUUCCAGGACCCAUCCUCCCUCCAGGAGAUCUCUUCUGUUAAUGGGCCAUUAAUUACGAAUUAUCUUCUGUUAAUGGGCCAUUGAGUGUCACUGCAUGGCUGAUAAAAUUACAUCAUCCCAUUGUGAGAAGCUCCACGCAGGGGGAGGAGCCAAGCAUUCCUACCUGGAUAUAAUCUGAGGUUUGGAACACCACAGCCACCUUUUCCCACUGCAUUCCCAGAGGGAGACCAGACCCUUCUAGGCCUCCACUGGACCUUCAGAGGAAAACUCCACCCUUCUGCAGGAUCCCUGCUCUACCAGAACCACAGCUGGCACUGCAGGAGGGCUGCAGCCACCACCCUGACCUGGAGAGGCUGUCAGGGCCUGUUCAGGCUUUGUCUGCUUCAGCUGUGAAAUUUUUUUUACUGUUAUCUAAUUAUUUGUAAUCUAAAUAACUGCUGCUGAUAAAAUUCAAGGUUAUAGGACAUAGUUAAGAACUUAAAAUUAAUUGCUGUAAAUAAUCUUGGGAGGAGAGCCACAGGCCCACAGGGGAGAGGGGUGUUGUGGGGUGGUGCUGUGGCCCAGCAGGAAGAAAUCCAAAAUGUUCUCAGAUGCAGGAGUGGCAAAUAACGUGAGCCUGGAGGAACCAAAGAGGAUGACGAGGGAAGAUUGGAGGAAAAAGAAAGAAUUAGAAGAGCAGAGAAAACUUGGAAAUGCACCUGCUGAAGUGGAUGAAGAAGGAAGAGAUAUCAACCCUCACAUUCCUGAGUACAUCUCCUCAGUACCAUGGUACAUAGAUCCUUCUAAGAGACCCACACUGAAGCAUCAGAGACCUCAGCCAGAGAAGCAGAAGCAGUACAGCUCCUCUGGAGAUUGGUACAAACGAAGCGUUGAGGAGCACCCUGCGGCCACGAGGUACCGCAAAGGAGCCUGUGAGAACUGCGGGGCACUGACACACAAAAAGAGAGACUGCAUGGAGAGACCCAGGAAAGCUGGAGCCAAACACACAGGCAUGAAUAUUGCCCCAGAUGAGCACGUGCAGCCUCAGCUGAUGUUUGGUUACGAUGGGAAGCGAGACCGGUGGAAUGGUUAUGACCCAGAGGAGCACAUGAAAACUGUUGAGGAAUAUUCCAAGGUUGAUUUGGCCAAAUGUGCACUGAAAGCACAGAAGCUUCAGGAGGAGCUGGCAUCAGGGAAGCUGGAGCAACUGAACUCCCCAAGACACCAGAGGGGACAAGAGGGAUCAAAUUCACAGACAGAAAGAGAUCAUAGCAGUGAAGAUGAAGACAAACACGCAGAAGACAUUGAUACGUCUGGGCAGAACUUCGACUCCAAAAGACGCAUCACAGUCCGAAAUUUACGUAUUCGGGAAGAUACUGCUAAAUACCUGAGGAACCUAGAUCCAAACUCUGCUUAUUAUGAUCCCAAAACAAGAGCAAUGAGGGAGAACCCUUAUGGCACCACAGGCAAGAAUCCAGAUGAAGUUGGUUAUGCAGGUGACAACUUUGCUCGCUACACAGGCGAUGCCAUUUCAAUGGCACAGACUCAGCUCUUUGCCUGGGAGGCUUGUGACAAAGGCUCUGAAGUUCAUCUUCAAGCAGAGCCUACAAAAUUAGAGCUCCUUUAUAAAUCCUUCAAAGCGAAAAAAGAAGAUUUGAAGGCCCAGCAGAAAGAAAACAUCCUAGAGAAGUACGGAGGACAGGAACAUUUAGAUGCCCCCCCAGCUGAACUGCUGUUAGCUCCAACAGAAGAUUAUGUGCAGUAUUCUAGGCAUGGAACAGUCAUCAAAGGGCAGCAGAAAGCUAUUGCUUGCUCUAAGUAUGAGGAGGAUGUGAAGAUCAACAACCAUACAUGUAUUUGGGGUUCCUACUGGAAAGGCAGGUGGGGUUACAAGUGCUGUCACUCCUUUGUCAAGCACUCCUACUGUACAGGGGAAACUGGGAAAGAAAUUGCUGAUACAGAGGCAAGUUUAAUGGAAGAGCAGCCUGAGGAGGAAGAACACAUGACAAAACCCAAAACACUGAUGGAGAUCCACCAAGAGAAAGAGAAAGGGAAGAAAAAUAAGAAGAACAAGAAGAGCUCAAAUUCUGACAGUGAGGGUGAAGAGAAAAAGAAGAAAGAAAAACUAAAAAAGGCUCUAAAUGCUGAAGAGGCUCGACUUCACAUCAAAGAAAUCAUGCAGUUAGAUGAGAGGAAGAGACCCUACAACAGCCAGUAUGAAGGCAGGGAGCCAACAGAGGAGGAGAUGGAGGCCUACAGAAUGAAAAGGCAGAGACCUGAUGACCCCAUGGCCUCUUUCCUUGGGCAGUAAUCACAGGAGGCAUCACUCCUGUACACAAAGCUUUUCUCACAGUUGUUUGUGACUCUCUAGACACUUAAUUUUGCACAUGUCUGAAAUGGCAGAAACCUUUUAUGCUCUGAAUAAAUUUGUGAAAGCUUCUUUCAGCAGACAUGAGCAGUCCAGUAGUUAGUGGAGUUUUGUAAAUGUGUAUGUGUACAAAUACAGGCACAUAUAUACACACAUAGAUAACAUAUGCAUAGAUAAAACACAUACUCUUUAAGUCCUUGAAGGAGCUCUGACUGAAAUCCUACAUUUAUUUGGCCAAUUAAUAUAUCUAUAUAUAGAGAGAUAUUUGACCAACUAAUGCAUAAAGUUCCAAUACAGUAAAACUGACUAGUCAGAAGAAAUGGUCAGCAGGUGUCAAUAUAGAACAAAAAUAGUUGACAAAAAUUGACACAACUACUACUAGAGCUUCUUACUUGUAUAGCCUGUCCCAUGACUGUAAAAGAAUAUAGAGUUUCUUGAUCACUUUGCAAUGGAAUAUCCCUGUCAGAGCUGGAAAAUGAAAUUUCAAAAAUCAAGCAGCAGCAUGGGGGAGCAAAUGGAGAAUAUCCAGCAACACUUUCAGUGACUUAAUCCCAGCUUGUCUGGAUUAAGACAUUCUUGUGCAGCACAUGUUAAAAGCUACAAUCCAGACACUUUGGAGACAUUGUCUGUAGACACCUCUAGUUGCAGUUUUGUGAAUUAA